AAAUAGAUAACAAACGGUGUAAAUGUAAUUAGAAUGUAUUUGUUAUUCUUAUUGGUAUAAUCUACGCAUUUUAAAUUUUCAAUCUGCGUUGCCUUCAAUUAUAAAUCACCUCGUAUACGCGAAUGAGAAACAAAUAACCUCUCUUUUCUGCAAACCAUAGAUAAUAGAUAUACAAAGGGUAUAACCUCAACCCAAUUUUUUUGUUUACAUAGAUUCUUGUUGUGUUGUGGCAGAUAUCCAUCAAAAUGAGCAGAAAAACUGAAUUCCAGAUGAAUUUGAGCAAAUGUAAAACAGAAUGUGAUAGAACUGUUAAGCUUCUCGACAAUCUUUACGAAUUGAUGUGUGAAUCAGUGAAACGUAUAGAAGAAAGGGACGAAAAUUGGAUAGUAAAUCAUCCGAAAUAUUUACUGGGUGAAAAUUGUUUUCAUAAUUCAGUGCAUCACAAGUUAUUGUCCAUAAAUCUAGAUUUGGAGGCGUUUUAUAAUUCUAUCAAAGAUCCUAUAAAAUCAGAAGCAAACGAAGACGACUAUAUUACAUACAGUUCUUCACUUUGUGCAUCUUGUAGAUGCAAGUUGAUAGGUCCUUUAGAGAAAGAUUGUGACAACACAAAACACUCCAGUAGUUCAAACUCCCAUAUAAAUGUUGAACCUCGUUCAUCACUGUCAGAUUAUCAUUUGGAGUGCAAGAAUAACUCCAGGGGGCUUCCUAGAAAUGCAAAUAGACAGUAUGAAGUAUAUAAUGUGAUGAAUUUCCAACCUGAUUCAUUGUCUAUUGAAACUGUUAAACAGUAUGUGAAUGAAGUUAAGCAGAAAGCUCAAAACUUAAACUACUCAGGUGAUCAUUGCGAAACUGAGAAAAUUAAAGAAGGUUUGAUAACUGUUAACUCAGUUACUGAUGAUCUUCAUAAAGAAGGCGUAAAAGAUAUGGAAGAAGUUUUAACAGAUAAUAUAAUCUCCAGCAUUAAUAAUAUGACAUCAAAAAAUCAAGAAUUGGUUGACAUAUCUGCUAGCAGGGUAACAACAUCUUUGCCAAAUAUUGAAAUAUCAGAAAACUCGCAGUCAUCCUCGUUUGAUAUUUCCUUAGAAAAUGUUUGCGAUUUAAAACAAUAUGAAGAAAAUUCUUGUUCAAGUAAUAAGACACAAAGUAUUAAAACCAAAAAGAAGUCCAACAGUUCGUUAAACACGUACAGUAAAAAAUUAAAUGACAGUUGUGCAAGUGUUUUUGUGAAGCCCAUAAAAGUAGAAGAACUUGAUGUAAAGCCACUACACUCCACUCCCUCAAAUCCUAAUAAACAACAUAGUUUUAGAGAAAUCGAUAAGGCAUUGAAAAAUGACAUUAAAUAUGAGCCAACUGUGCAGCGAAUACAAGAUGAUAUCCUUUCAAAAUCAAAGAAAAUAAUUAACUCUAAAUCAGAUAGUUAUGUUAUUUUAAGUGAUAAACAGCUGUCUGAAAUGUGCCUUAGUCAAAACCAAUCUGAUAAAAAUAAAGUUCUAGAGGAACCAAAACCACCCAAAGUAGGAGACUACUGUAUGAUUACUCAUUUUAUAUCACCUUCUCAUUUUUACAUACAAGUAGGUGACGAAGAUGCUGCAAAUUUUGAUGAGAUGGAAAAGAAAUUAAACUUAUGCUACAACACAACAACAUGCAAAACUUUUUCAACCAAAGAACAGGCUCAACAAAACAUAGUAAAAUAUUGUGCAUGUUAUAUUGAAGAAUAUGAUAGGUAUUUUCGUGCUGAAAUCGUAAACUGGCUAGAGAAAGAAAAGAUGAACGUGAUAGUAAAAUUAGUGGAUUGUGGUAGUGUUGAAACUACUUCCGUAGAUAAACUUCGAGUUUUGGAAGAAUUUUUUUAUAAUUUGCCAAAAAUUGCUCAAAGGUGUCAUUUAGAAAGUUUGUACCCAGUUGGAUCUACGUAUGACAACAGGUUAUCAUUUUGGCCUCAAGAAACCACAAAAGUUGUGAAUAACAUGAUUGGAGAUAUUGAAAAUACAGUUUUUCAAAUAUACAUAAUCAAAAUGGAGGAAUCCCGCCACUCAAUCGGUUUAGAUUUAGUUAAAUUGGACAAUGAAGAAACAAGUUUAGGUCAGUACCUUAUAGACAUGGGUCAUGCUGUCGAAUUACUUGAAAAGGAUCCAGUUGAAAAGGACCCAGAUUUCGUAUGCAAAGAUGCAUUUAUGAAGGAACAAAUCAAAGCUGCGCAAGGUUUAUCUGGAAUUACUUCAGACAUGUCCAAUGACGAAAUGCUUGACGUGUAUUUUAAAAACGAUAAAGUUGAAGAACAUAGCAAUGUUAAUGAAGCAGUAAUGGGAUACGACCCCAAAGAUGAGGCUAGGACAUGCGCUUUUCAAAAUAGAGAUGGAACUUGUUUUAAAGGCAAGAGGUGUAAAUUAAGACACACACUGUUACCGGCAGAUGGUUUUACUGCUGAUAAAGAACCAGUAUACAUAAGGGCUUUUAAUGACAUUGAGAUGCCUAUCCCUAACAGCACUAUAACAGUUCGAAUAACGUCAGUGGUAGAUAUACAAAGAUUCUAUGUUCAAUUAAUUCGAAAUACCGAUGUGGAAGCUACACAACAAUUCACAUUGAAUAGUCUCAUUAAGCAUAUGAAUGACCACGAUGUCGUAAAAAGUUACAAAAUGUUCAAAGACCCGCCUUCUUUAUGUGAAAUUGUUAUAGCGAAACAUAGAUGGGAUGGUAACUGGUAUAGAGCCAAAGUUUGCGAAAUUUUGCAAAAUGACAAAGGAAUGUGCUCUCUACAGGUAUUCGUUGUGGAUUUUGGAGAAGUCCUUCACGUUGAUUUAAAAGAUGUUAGGAAAAUCUUGCCAGAAUUCCUGGAUUUGCCUUUUCAGGCAGUUGAAGCCCAUUUUUACAACAUAAAGCAUCGUGAAAGUGAAGAUGUCAACACAGAAAAAAAAUAUUUUGAAGAGCGUUACCUGUUUCAGAAUGUUAUGGCACGAAUAAUAGAAAGCAUUGGUCAUUUGGAAGUUUUACUUUUUGAUGAUAGAGGUCAAGAUAUCGGAAGCAAAUUAGUUGAAGCUGGUUGUGGCGACUUUAAAAACGAAAAUAUUAUUCCACACAGAAAAAAUCGCUUACUAAUAGACUGACAUUACAACAGAAACUAAUAGAGCGUCUGUUUCUUUUUUUUUAUUAAUACUUUAACGUCCAAGUAAAUAAAUAAAUUCCUCUAGUUUAUUGAA